AUGGGAGAAAGGCCCUAAUCGUGUUUUAAAUUGGAACAAUAAUAAAUUUAUGACCAUAAUUAUAACAUAAUAUCAAUAAUAGGAAAUAGAUUGGAACAAAGAAAAAUUUAAUUACUUUUAUAAACAGAUUCCAAGACUUCUGUGGUAAUUCUUAUAAGUAAUUAUGAUUCCAUACAAAAAAGUUUAAAAAAUAUUAAAGAUAUCAAAAAUAACUAAAAAAUCUUUUAAAUUAGUUUUUAUAUAGAUGUAAAUAAAAUCAUUUUAGGGAUUGAAUUUCAAUAUUAUAUACUAACCUAAAGGAAAAGUACUUAUUUUUAUUAUAUAAAGAUCCUAAGGAAUUUAUUAGUAAACCAUUUACUUUAUGUUCUAAUGACUUGAUAUAACUAGUUAAGGAAAUUAUAAUGUUAAAGUUGUAGAUUGGGGAACAGCAAAAAUAUUUUCACCAAAUCAACAAAUUAAUGAAAAAUUUGGAACUUUAUUUUAUAUGGCACCUGAAGUAUUAAAGCGUAAUUAUAAUCAAAAAUGUGAUAUUUGGUCUUGUGGUGUUAUUUUAUAUAUUUUAUUAUCUGGAUAACCUUCAUUUAAAGGAAGAACAGAUAUAGAAAUUUAAAAGAGUAUUUCACAUGGGAAAUAUUCAUUAGAAGUAAAAUUAAUAUGAUAAUAUUUAAGGGUGAUGUUUGGAAUUCUGUAAGUGCUCAUGCAAAAGAUCUUGUUACAUAAAUGCUUUAAUAUGAUGUAUAAAAGUGAUUAAGUGCUAAAUAAGUAACAUUAAGAGAAAGUUGAUAAAAGUAGUUUAAGAGAGACUGAAAAAUUUAAUCAAUUUUAGAGCUGA